ACAAACAGUUUCCGAAGCUGACAGAGAACCGAAACGCCUGUAACGGUGACGAAAGGCAGAGCAUCAAAGGAUAGAUAGGUUCCUGAAAGUCGACGAGACGAACUGAAAUCGUCCAGAGAUCAAGAUCGAGAUCAUUAUCAGAUUGAUCUCAGCGCUCAGCAUGAAGAUCACCUACAACGCCUAUCACGCAGUAGGCUCGUGGCGGUGGGACCUCCAACCCCCUGCCGAGGGCGAAGGAGCUACCAAAACGGAGCCUGAGAUUGAUGACGAAGCGGAUAGUGGUAGUGAGGAGGAAGAAGAUGAUGAGGACGAGGAAGAAGACGAGGUCUGUGGGAUCUGUCAGUUGGAAUUCGAGAGCAGUUGUCCGGGAUGUAAAGUUCCGGGGGAUGAUUGCCCUUUGAUGUGGGGUCAGUGCACGCAUGUUUUUCACAUGCACUGUCUUCUCAAAUGGUUGAACACGGCGAGCAGUAAGGAACAGUGUCCUUUGGAUAGGAGACCCUGGGGUGAGUCUUGUCUGCAUUCUGGUCUUGAUCGAAUGAGGGCGUCGGAAUUAGAUCCAGGGGGACUUGUCUUGUAUGGGCUCGAACAUGUUCACGACAUCUGGGCUGACUCCGAUGGUUUCACUACGUCUCCCUGCUUUUCCUGCUUGCCUCCUCAUCGAUCUGUGCCAUAUUUCGCAUACUGGAACCGACAGUCACGGCCGAACGACACACCUCGUCCCACGGUGCUCCUGUUCCGAGUACCCGCAGCGAUACCGGGUCCAACCGGCACAAUCACUAUCCUGGCGCUGUAGCCGGUAUUGCCGCACCGGCUGCCAUGGACGAUCGGAGCAUGAUGACCAUCGGCGAGGAGAGCGAUGACGUCGAAUUGAGGCUGGCCAUCGAGGCCUCGAGGGCGGUCUAGCCAGGGCAACUGAUCUUCGAAGGAUAAUCGAAGACAGAUUCGACU